UCGCCACGUUUGGACCGUUGAAGACGAAACGAAACCCGCUCAUUUCUAAGACCAGGACUUGGUAUAACCACCAUCUCCGAAACAGAGCCUCUUCUUCAACCAAGAACUCCGAAAUAAAGUCCUCGCAGUCCAGCCCAGCCCUACUUUCUUUCCUUCCGUGUGCUCUUUACAAAUCAAACAGCGAGUAAUAUUACAUGGUUUUUGGCGAUCUGUUGAGCUCAGGGUUUUCUUUUGUAAUGAAUCUGAUGAAGAUCUUUGCUUCUCUUCUGGUGUCUCUCCCAGUUCUCAUAACUAUCUCUCUUGUUCUUCGCGACCCACCUCCCGAUCGGAUCAGGGGUUUCGCAGACGCAAGGGUUUUGGAAACGCCGAAGUCUCCGGUUGCCACCUCGUCGAAUAUUGAGAUUUUCCGAAGACCAGCACCUGUCUCAAAUAUCACCUCGUCAAAUUCAGCAGAAAAUGUUUUACCUGAGAUUGAAUUACCUACCCAAAUUCCCAAAGAAGACAAAUUAUAUGAUGGACUCCUUGCUCCUGGGUUUGAUGAAGGGUCUUGUUUGAGCAGGUACCAAUCAAGUUUCUACCGCAAAAUCUCAACCCACAAACCAUCUUCUUAUCUUCUUUCAAGACUCAGAAGCUAUGAAGAACUUCAUAAACGGUGUGGGCCGAAUUCCAAACCCUACAGCGCAUCACUGAAACAACUGAAGAAGAAGUUUAAUGGUAAGAGCACUGGUGCAACAGAUGAGUGCAAGUAUGUGGUAUGGAUAGCUAAUAGUGGCUUGGGAAACAGAAUACUGAGUAUAACCGCAGCAUUCCUAUAUGCUCUGCUCACAAACAGAGUCCUUCUCCUUGACCCUGGAAAGGACUUGCCUGACCUCUUUUGUGAGCCAUUUUCAGAAACAUCAUGGCUUCUCUCCAAUCACUUCCCCAUUAAAAGCCACUUUGACAAGUUCGAUCAGAAAUCUCCUCGUUGUUACGGUAACAUGUUGAAAAAGACUAGUAAUUCAUCGGAAUUGUCACUACCAUCGUCGUACGUAUAUCUUCAUCUAGGCCAUGAUUAUGAUCAGCAAGACAAGUUGUUUUUCUGUGAUGAAGAGCAGAGUCAUCUUGGGAAAGUAGACUGGUUGGUUAUGAAAACGGAUAACUACUUUGUCCCAUCACUUUUCUUGAUGCCAUCUUUUGAGCAAGAACUUAACAAGUUGUUCCCUGAAAGAGAGACUGUUUUCCACCACUUGGGUAGGUAUCUCUUCCACCCUUCAAAUCAUGUAUGGGGGCUAAUCACAAGGUACUACCAAGCUUAUUUGGCAAAGGCCGACGAGAUGGUUGGGAUUCAAGUAAGAACUUUCGAGCCGGCUGGGCCUGGUCCUUUUAAGCAUGUGAUGGAUCAAAUUUUAGCUUGUGUUUUUAGUGAGAAAUUGUUGCCUCGAGUGGAUGAGAACAAGCCUAUUGUGGACUUCAGUUCAUCGUCAGGGACCCCGAAGUUGAAAUCGGUACUGAUGACUUCUUUAAAACCAGAUUACUCUGAGAAUUUGAGGAGUAUGUAUUGGGAACAUCCAACUGUGACUGGGGACUUAAUUGGGGUUUUCCAACCCAGCCAUGAAGGAGAGCAAAGGACUGAUGAUAAACUGCAUGACAGAAAAGCCUUAGCAGAAAUGUUUCUACUCAGUUUCUCUGAUGUGUUGGUCACAAGUGCAUGGUCAACAUUUGGGUAUGUGGCUCAAGGUCUUGGAGGUCUGAAACCAUGGAUUCUCUUCAAGCCGGAAAACCAAACAGUCCCAAAUCCGCCUUGUCGUCGGCUCCAAUCGAUGGAGCCUUGUUUUCACGCUCCACCAUUGUGGGACUGCAAGGAGAAAAGAGGAACUGAUACAGGUGCAAUAGUACCUCAUGUGAGACAUUGUGAGGAUAUCAGCUGGGGCCUUCAGCUAAUUGAUACUCAUAAUGAUCACUUAUAGAGCUUCAGUCUUUCUCUUGGGGCCUCCAGCUAGUUAAUAGUGAAUUCAUUAUCACUUACAGAGCUUCUAUCUCUCUUAAUUUAUUGAAUUGUAAUGCGACCAUAAUUAAUUUUUCUGCACAUGAACGUUAGAUCAUAUGGUUUAUUUGAUAGCUAGAAUCAUUUUGCUAUAAACUUGAAGCUAGGUCAAGCAUCAUGCAUGCAUUCAUUAUUUACCCAA